AUGGUCGAAUCCACCAAUUUCAUCACGACAACAACAAGUACAACCACCAUCAAGCACGAACACGUUGAGGAUGAUACCAACCAUUCCGAUUCACCCUCUUCUUCCUCAACACCCAAUGGUAGUGCUACCACUCCUCCUACAACUACCUUAACACUCUUCUCAUCAACAACAACCAAACAGCAAGAAAUGGAAGAACUGAAUAACACAAAAGAAUUAUUAUCAAAACAUACUGCCAUGACCAAUAACAUGAUACUCACUAAAUCUUGCCAACCUACUCUGGUUGUUUCAUUAAGAAAUUUCAUGUGCACCAUUUGGGCAUCGAUUUGUUUCUUCUCAUUGUGGAUUCCAGCCUAUUUUUGUAGUGUCUUGUCGUUUAAAAUUUGUCGUUGGUUCGGUUUGGAUUCGAAUCGAGCCUUUACAAGUCAAUUUAUGAGAGUUUCAUCAAGAUUAGCAGUGAAAUUAAAUCCUUUUUGGAAUAUUAAAUAUUUGGAAUUGGAAAAUGCUCCUAAAAAGAAUACCAAUGAUGGUCGAUUAAUAUUUAUUUGUAAUCAUCAGAGUAAUAUGGAUCCCAUUGCCAUUAAUUCUGUAUUUGAUUGGAAUGCCAAAUGGGUAGCUAAGGAUUCCAUUUUUAAUGUUCCUUUUGGAGGCUACAUGAUGCAUCAUUGUGGAGAUAUUCCACUCACAUUUGCAACAGAACAAAUUGAAGAUACCAAUACACUGAAACAAAGCGCAAAAAAUUGUUUACAAGUUUGUAAGGAAUGGCUUGAACAGAAUUGUCCUGUUUUUAUUUUCCCUGAAGGAAGAAGAUCUAUCACUCAGAAUGUAUUAGAGUUUAAAAAAGGAGCAUUCAUUCUUGCUAAACAAACCAAAUCCUUCAUUGUUCCAAUGGCCAUCCAUGGUACGGGUGAUAUUUGGCCAGUCCAUCAAUCAUUAGCAUCUCCAGGUAAAGCAGUCGUUGUAAUGGGAAGCCCAAUUGAUCCAUCCAAAUACAAUGAUUUAGAUGACUUGGUAAGAGAUGCUAGAGAGCAUGUGAUUCAGUUGCAUGACAGAGCAAAGGAGGAAUGGAGAAAAAUAAGAAUAAAACAACAAGCAGCAGCUGUAAAUUAG